AUGGCGGUGCCGGUCGGCAAUUUGCAACCAAAAGCAUCUGCUCCUCCUGCGUUUGAUGCUGUCAUGGCGGAGACCGGAGGCCCUAUCCCCUCCGUGAGUGAUCUCUUGUCGGAUGACGGUCCUCAAUCUCCUCUUGCUAAGAAGGUUUGCACCAGAGAGGCUUCGUCCUCCGCGCAGCCUGUCCCUAUUCAGCCGUCUCAACCCGACGCUGGGUUGGACGACAUCACGCUCAACGCGGCUGACACAAGCUCCGCGCCACUCCCUAUGCUGAAUGGCCCGCACCAACGAUUGCGUUGUAACCGUGGUAUCGUGGGUGUGGUUGAUUCGCUGAUUUGUGAUACGCUCAACCUCGUUACGAUCAUCUUCCCUGACAGCCUUACUGAAUCUCACCGGAGCAAGAUUGUUAACCGUGUUCGGCUCGGACUUCGCCCUGCGCAGUUUCCGCACUUUGGUCGUGUCCCUAACUUUGAGUCAUCGGCUGGAGAGAUCCUGCGUCUCCCCCGUCGCUCCUACAUACGCCACAUCUUCCAGCUGCCGACGCGCGACGACGCGAGGUGCUUCCGACGUGUCUUCCCUAUGACCUACACUGCCAACGGCGUGUUGGUUGAACUGAAAGUCUCCGACGACCCAGAGCCCUCAUUCACCGCUGCAAAGGCGCGGGGCGAUCCCCACCUGGUCUUGCGCAACGUCCCUCUGGGGUAUUCCCUUGAGGGGAUCCGUCGGCUGCUCACUACUAGCCUUCGCGAAGGCGAACGGAGGUGGCUCUCUGAAGUUCGAUCCUUUCACCGUGUUCAUGACCCAUACGAGGAAGUGUCCCUUCCCCAGAUGAUGGGUAUCCCCAUUGCAGAUUACGAAGAUCAGCUUUUCGACCGCAUCCCCGCCAUCAUCUGGCUUCCGGACGUCACCGCUCCUAUCAUCCUCAACAUCUCCUGCCACGAAUGCGAGAUAUGCACGAGUAACCACCGCUCUCGUGAUCAUGCGUGCUUCGCGGCCGCUCAACGCUCGUGA